GCCUCCUUGCCAGCACCAUGGACUCCUCCGCCGACACCGAGAACGACGCCAGCGCCCAAGCUGCUUCUUCUCCCUCCCAUCCAACUGCUUCUUCCCCGGUCCUCCAUGGCGCUACCGACGCGAUGACCACUAUUUCCUCUGGCCACAGCAGCGACAUUUUAGCUGGUUCCUUGCCUCCACACAACACUACCUCCACUGCCGACAACACCACCACCCCUACAGCUGCUCCUGCUCCUGCUGCUUCUACUCCCACUCCCACUCCCACUCCCACUCCCACUCCCACUCCCACUCCUACUCCCACUCCCACUCCUACGCCAGCUGCCGCCGACAAAAAUAGCAACAAUAACGGUAGCAAUAAAAACACCAGCGAUAACAACAGCAAUGCCAACAAAAAGAACAUAAAAAGACAUGUAUCCAAAUACGCCUGUAUUCCUUGUCGAAAUAAAAAAAUCAAAUGCGACAGCUACGACAUUUUAAUCCAAUCUCUCUCUCCUGACAUCAAGAAAAUUGACGACUCCAUUAAGCGCCCAACUUGUUCAAAUUGCAAAUUCAAUCCUAAAAAUUGCACCUUUGAAAAAGGCAAGAGAGGUGGCAAGAGAAAGAAAAAAAACUCCUUAAAUUUGGCUAUCAUCAACAACCUAUCCAAAAUUUCUUCAAACAACAAAAAUCUACAGAUUUCAUCCAAUUCCAACAAUGAUAACACAAAAAUCACCAACAACACUUCCUCGCAGCCUCCUCCGCCGCCUAACAACUCGAAUGUUAUACUAAACAAUGGCCUUGAUCUCUACUCCCAGCAAUCCUCCUCCAUCUUGUCCAGCUCAAUCGACAACUCAAACACAAACGCCCACAGCGCUACCGCCAACCUGAACAAAAACAUCUUUUCGGCUUCUUUAAACAACCUCAACAAUACCUCCUCUGUCCAAUCCUCCUCACUAUACAAUAUCCCUUUGUCAAAUAAAACUUCUCCUUACAUGCGUUCAACAACUUUACUAUCCCCAAUUAAUAUCCCAGUCUCCGACAAUGCUCUGCUUCCUCCAAGUAUAUCCAACAUCUCAAGCUCGGGUUAUAAUUUCAUAAAACCCCAAUUCAAACAGCUGCUGCAACAAGAUCAAGACCAGCAGCACCAAUUCCAACAACUCCAGCAACAGCAACAGCAACACUUCCAACAACAUUACAACUCAAGACCUCCUCCCUAUCCUCAUCCCCAUCCACAUCACCCUCAUCCACACCACCCUUACCAUCAUCGCUCCAGAUCAAGAUCAAGGCCAAGAUCAAGAUCAAGUUCAAGAUCUCAUUCUUCCCAUUCUUAUUACAACAGCAUGCCUCCUUUCGGUCCUGGCUCUUUUGGUCCUCCUUUUGGUCAUAACUUUGGCCCUCCUCCACCUCCACCUCCACCACCUCAACUUGGUGGCCCAAGAGGUCAUCAGCAUCCUUUUUUUCACCACCACGGUCCUCCUCUUCCUCACCUUCAUCACCCUCCUCCUCCUUCUUCUUUAUCCUCCCAUCCCAAUUUUUACUACGAAAAUUCUCCUGUUCAAUUACCCCCAAUUAAUUAUCCUCCUUCAAAAUCAUUUCGCUCUCAUUCAAAUUCCACUUCUACUUUGAAUUUAAAUCAAAACCAAAUUCAAAUUCAAAAUCAAAUUCAAGAUCAAAACCAAAACCAAAUUCAAAAUCAAAGAAUUGCUGAAAUUGAAAAUAAUAACAACACUGUUAGCAACUCAAUUCCUAAUACCGGCGCUAAUACCAACAUUACCACCACUGACCACAGCAACAAUAGCACUUUGUCUGACAUUUAUAACAACAACAAUAAUCACAAUCCUAACAAAAAUCACAAUAUUGACUCUCCCACAUCUCAUCCUCAUCCUCAUCCUCCUCCUCUCUCUUCGGCUUUUGCUCAAAAUUUAGAUACCGAUAACCCGUCUUGCUCAUCCCGCUUACAAAACCAACAAAUCCCUCUUCCUUCUCAAAAUCCUUACCAAUACAACUCUUUGGAAAAUCUUUCCUACCAAAACGCUUACUACUAUGAUAACUAUAAAAACAAUCAAAGAUCUGAUUCCUCCUCUUUAGACAAAACAUACCCAACUUUAAAUAACAACAGCAUCAGUAAUAUCAUAAACACAAACUCAGACAAAAUCCCUUUUUCAAAGAAUAAUCAAAGAAUUUCUAAAAUUGAAAAUAAAUCUUCCAGAAAUGAUCUGUCUCUUUCUUACUCAAAUCAAUACAAAAACCUAAAUCCCUACGACGACAACUCUCAAUACAUUGAAGAGAUUAGUGAUGCUGAUACCAACAUUGAUCUCAGUCUUGAUAAUAACAAUAAUGACUCAACUAGCAAUAUUAAUGAUACUGAUAACAAUGAAAACACCAUUGAUCAAAAACCUGAUGACGAUAACGAUGAAGGUAACGAUGACAAUAACGAUGACGAUAAUGACAUUGAUAUGAACUCGGAUAUUUCUAUUCUCAACCAAAACCAAUCCAACAAUAAAAUCUUAGAGCUGAAACCAUCAAAGAGAUCUUCUUCAAUCACUCCAAAUUCACCCCCUGAUAAUUUAAAUGGUAAAAAAUUAAAACCAAACUAUCCUUUAACUUCAACUGACCCUGACCCCAAAAAAAAUAACAUUGAACAAAUAAUGAACAGCUCAAAUGAUAAUGCAAUCUAUAAACAUGUGAGUCCCUCAACUUCUAAAUUGAUUGCCAUGGCUACUAAAAAUCCAGAGCUAAUACAGAAAACAAAAAAGAAAAAAUACUCAAACAAAAAUCAGAAAAAAAUUAGAAAUAUCAAUACCAACAACAUUAAUAACACUAAUAUCACUAAUGAUAUUAAUAAUAUUAAAUUACCAAGCGAAAAAUAUUCAAAACCAUUAGAGUUGAAAUCUAUUUAUGAAAUGAAUGCUAUAUCAGAACAGGAACUACAAAUAUUUGACUUGCCAGAUUGGAAAACUGUUUGUGUAUUAAUAGACCUUUACUAUAGAUAUUUACAUCCUGCUAGACCAAUUUUGCCUCCCAAAGCAAGGUUUAUUUCUCAAUUAUCUAUCAAGGAAAUGGCUUCUCUAUUGCACUCAAUGUUUGCCUCAAGUUGUAGAUAUAGCAGUCCAUUAAAUGUAAUAAAAGAUGAUUUGAGAUCUCCCAAACAUUGGUAUAGACUAGCCGAAAAAUAUUGGAGUUUAUUACCAAUAGAAUGCUCCAUAAAGGCAUUGGCCAUUUUAUCAGGCUCUUUAGUCCCUGAAAGUUAUGUUACUUCCAGUAUGGAUGGUUCUGAACGUGCUGCCUCAAUCAUUAACAACACCUGUAUUUUGAAAUAUUACUCUUUACUUACUUCUAAUGAUUUUAAUAAGAUUUUAUCUAUUACUUCUUCAAGAGAUAUCUGUGAUAGAGAGGAUAUGAUUAGAACCUUUUGGGGUGUUUGGAAAUUAAAUGUAUUUUUAAGAGCCAAUAGCGGUUAUCCUUAUAGUCUUGAUCAUCGAAAUGUUUUGGAUUUUCCCAAUGAAUUACCAUUUCCUUUGAGUGAUGACUUGCAUCAAACAAACCUAAUGGCUUUGACUGAUAGCAUCGGCAGUUUAAUUAUUGAUUCAGGAAGCCUUCCUUCUUUUUUACGCUAUAAAGAUGUUGAAAAUAGAUUAAACUAUGUAUUAACUGAUGACGAUGUCGAUAUUGAUAAAUUGGGUAUAGUAGAUUCCCAUUUAGUUAUAAUUGCAGUUAAAAAUUUAUCAGAUACUUUGGAUCAACUUUCUCAGGAUAAUUUAACUGCAUCAAAUUUAAUGCUAAUUGAUUCAAGAAUUCAAUUAAUUAAAAAAGUUUGCCCAAAUUUAUAUUUUAUUUCUUUAGAGAAAAAAAAAUUGUUAGUAAUAAGAGCAACAAUUAUAUUAAUAAUGUCAAGUAUUUGGACUACAAUAAUUCUUGCCCACUCAAUGAUUUGUCAUAAAUUAUUAAUAAUGAGACCGCCUCAAAACUCUAGCAGAGAUGGAAUCAAAAGAUUAAAUUUUGUGGAUAGAUUAAAAAGUUUUGAUAUUCUUAAGGUUUCACAUAAAGCAGCGAGAGAAUUGACAAAAAAGGAACUCAGUUCAUAUAUAAAAUGUAUCGAAGCUGCAUUUGAAGUGACUGAGCUAAUUGAAUUAGGUCAAGGGAUUUAUGAUGAUGACCAAACAUCGGAAGAUAUAUUGCCAGCAAUUGUUGGACCAACUAGUUUAGAACCUGCGAUUGAAUUAUCACCAAAAUUAAAUACCAAUAAUAGAAAAAGACCAUGGUAUUUGAAUGCAUUUCCUAAAUUGAAUACUUUAUCAUCCGCAUGUGCUCCAUCUCUUCCACCAAAUCCAGAUGCUUGGUUGCAAUAUCCAAUAUUUUUUGGAGUACCUGUUUGCAAUUCAUUUGAUAUUCAUAUUUCAAUUUAUGUUUUAUCAAAAUUUAUUAAAUUUGAGAAGAGCAAAGAUCAAAGUAAUUUAAGCGAAGAUAGAGUAAAAUUAGAUUUUUUUGUUAAAAAGAACUGUUUGGAUAAUAAAGAUGGUAAAGAUGAUAAAAAUAACAAAGACAAUAAAGAUGACGAAGAUGACGAAAAUGGUAAAGAUAAUAAAGAUGACAAUGAUAAUAAAGAUGAUAAAGAUGAGAAUACGGAAAAUGAGAAUGAAAAUAAAUAUGAAAAAAUUCACACUAUAGUUGUGAAAACUAAAGUUUGUGAAAUUUUACAAAAAUAUUCGAUUACUUCAAAUGUUUCAAAUAGGUUAAGACUUUUAUCUAGUUUUUUCAGGUUUUAUGGUAAUUUUUGGACAUUGGUAUCAGAGACGGAAAAAGCAUAUAAUGAGGCAGUAGAAUAUUUAAGAAAUGAGCUCAAUUAAAGAGGUAUUUAAAUAAAAUAUUUCAUGUAAAUUAGAUGAAUUUUCAAUGUUAAUUUUUUUUUCUUUAAGACAAAAACAUUUUUUUUUUCUUUUUUUUUCUCA